AUGUGUUCAGCUGCUGUGAAAUUAUCAUCUCAAACUCGUCAUCACAUCUUAUACACCUCUAAGCAUUUCCAAUUCCGCUCUUCGUUAGGACAGUUGAUUGAUAAGGAGAUUAACCCAUUUGUUGAUAUAUGGGAAGAGGAACGAAGGUUUCCAGCGCAUAAACUUUUUAAAAAAUUGGGAUCUUUGGGUAUAUUUGGUGUCAACAAACCUGCUGAGUAUGGAGGUCUGGGUUUAGACUUCAGUUACUCUGUCGCUGUCGCUGAAGAACUUGGUAGAGUGAACUGUGGAGCCAUACCGAUGGCUGUAGCCGUUCAGUCUGAUAUGGCAACCCCUGCCCUAGCUAAUCAUGGGAGUGAUUACUUGAAAAAGGAGUUUCUGGAACCCAGUUUGAGUGGUGAUCUUGUAGCUUGUCUGGGUGUUUCUGAAGAAUCUGCGGGAAGCGAUGUUGCUGCAAUUCGAACUUGUGCUCGACAGGAUGGUGAUGAUUUGAUCAUUGAUGGCAGUAAACAGUGGAUCACAAAUGGCUGUCAAGCAGACUGGGUUUGUCUACUUGCAAACACUAACCAGAAGGGAAAUGUCCAUCGUAAUAAAAGUCUAAUUUGUGUGCCGCUUAGUGAACCAGGGGUUCAUCGGUCAAAACCAAUUGAAAAGUUAGGAAUGCGCUCCUCUGACACUGCUGAGCUUUUCUUUGAUUCUGUGCGCGUCCCAAAGAAGAACAUUGUUGGUGAAGAAGGCCACGGCUUUGUCUAUCAAAUGCAACAGUUUCAAGACGAACGUUUAGUUGCUACUGCAGUUUUGCUGGAACCGUUGCAGAGGAUCAUCAACCUGACCAUCGAAUAUGCAAAAAACAGAAAGAUAUUUGGUCAAAGAGUCAUUGAAAAUCAAGUCGUUCACUACACUUUGGCGGAGCUUCAGGCUGAAAUUGAGCUGCUUCGUUCACUUCUUUACAGAGCAGUCAUGGAACGUCUUCAAGGCCAAGAUGUUACGCUGCUUGCAAGUAUGUGCAAAUUGAAAGGAGCAAGGAUUGCGCGAAAACUUACUGAUUCCUGUUUACAGUUUUGGGGUGGAAAUGGUUAUACUUGGGAUAAUCCUGUAAGUCGUUAUCAUCGUGACUUUCGACUGUUCUCAAUCGCUGCUGGUUGUGAUGAAGUGAUGUUAAGUAUUAUAUGUAAAUUUAUGGGCAUCUCGCAUUAA